AUGGCUCUGAAUGUUGCAAAUUCUACUGCUUCUAGUGUAGAUGCUGAUGUGGUUUCCGUUGUUAACCCUUCAUCUGCAUUAUACCUCCUUUCAUCUGAUUCUUCUGGCACAAUUUUGGUUACCACGCCCUUUAAUGGGACGGGUUAUGGAAGUUGGCAUCGAGGAAUGUUGUUAUGGUUAUCCUAUAAAAACAAACUAGGUAUGAACAAUGGUUCCAUUCCUAAGCCUUUUGCUACUGAUCCACAUUUUCAAGCAUGUAUUAGGUGUAAUGAUAUGGUGGUAGCACGGAUUCUAAACAGUCUAGAUAAGGAAAUUAGGGAAAUUGUGAUGUACACUGAAUCUGCGGAGAUUUUAUGGAAGGAAGUUGAAUGUAGAUUUGGUCAGGCUAGUGGUACCAAAAUUUUCCAAAUCAGGAAAGAACUUUCUUUUAUUUCCCGAGGAUCCUCGAGUGUUGCUUCCUACUUCAAAAGAAUUAAGAAAUUCUGGGAUGAAUUGUGUUUCUCCAUUACCUCUCCUGAUUGUACUUAUGGGUGUAAGGAUGGUUUUCUCAAGUUAAAAGAGGAGAAGAGAGUUCAUUCGUUCCCCAUGGGAUUGAAUGAUUCAUAUUCGACCAUCAGAAGGAACAUCCUCAUGUUAAAACCCCUUCCUGACAUUGAUAAUGUGUAUUCAAUGUUGAUAACUGAUGAGUGUCAAUCUGAGGUGCACAAUAAUCUCCCUUCCUUCAAUUCCUACUCUGUUGCUUUCUCCACUGGUAGCCAAAGACCGUAUAAUCAAAAGCCAAGUUCAGAUUCUGGUGGUUUAUCUACUACUGUGUCAAGACCCGAACCAGGGCCUGGCC